AUGAAUGCUGUACUGCCAGGGCCUGUUCUCUACUGCAGCUACCCAUUCGGCACACUGAACUUUGGUGGCCUGUGCAGACUUCCUCCCUCUCCAGCCUGUGUCCCCUCUCCUCUGUCCGGUCUCCUUCAGGCCCUGCUGGAGCCGCGGGCAUCCUUCACCCUGAACGGGGAGCAGGAGGAGGGAUGUGGCCCCCUCACCCAGGACCUCCACCUCUCUCCUGGGAACCUGAGGCAUGGCCCUCUCCAGGCUAAAGCACACAGAGACGUGUCCACUCUGACAGAUGUGUGUUCAGGUGUGGAUUUGCCUGAGGUGGAGAUAGUGAGUUUACUGGCAGAGGAGUUACCCAGAUACACUCUGCGGGCAGACUAUGUGUUUGGGUAUGAGCAUGACGACUGGCUGCACACUCCACUCCUGCCACCUGAGGCCGCUCUGGGACUUACCUAUGAGCAGAUCGAUGAAACCCUCAAAUACUUUUUUCUGUGCUCAGAGAGGGUUGGUCAGGUUACAAAGACAUACCAUGACAUUGAGGCUGUCACACAUCUUCUGGAGGAGAAAGAACGUGAUCUCGAGCUAGCAGCUCAAAUUGGCCAGUCACUUCUGAAAAAGAACAAGGCCUUAACAGAACGUAAUGAGCUGCUGGACGAACAGCUGGAGGUCGCAAAAGAGGAGAUUGCUCAGCUGCGUCAUGACCUCUCUAUGCGAGAUGAUCUGCUGCAGCUGUAUGCCAGCACUGAGGAGAUAGAAGCUGCUACGGAAUCACGUGCACCGAUGAGGCGAAACGAGUCAAACUCUUCUCUCAGUAACUACGGCCAUUAUGAUUUCCUGCAAAAGAAGCUCAAGAGUCUGGAGGAAGAGAACCUCAAACUGCGUACUGUGGCCAACGAUUUGACGUCCGAGACCAGCAGCUAUGAAGAGCAGGAGCAGCAGCUGAUGAUGGUGUGUGUUCAAGAACUCUCAUCAGCAAAUAAGCAGGUGGUGGAUUUGUCAGAGGAGCUGGCUCGGAAAGUAGAGGACUCUCUCCGGCAGCAGGAGGAGAUUAGCUCUUUGCUGAGUCAGGUGGUCGACCUGCAGCAGCGUGGUAAAGUGCUCAUCAGAGAGAAUGAGGAACUCACUCAGCACCUCAACACUUCACGGGAAAGCCAGUCCCAGCUCAGAGCAGAGCUGAAGGAUCUGCAAGAGAGAUACUCAGAGUGUCAAGACAUGCUACAGGAAGCCAGAGAGGACAUCAAGAACCUGCGCAAUAAGAGCUUGCCCAACAGCACAGUGCAGCGCUACAGUUCGCUGGCUGCUGUGUUCCCCAUGGGCUCACUCGCUGCUGAGAUUGAAGGAACCUUCCGUAAAGGCCUGGACAGUCCCGCUCCCUCAGAAUACAAGACCCAUCCAUGGCGUGUGUUUGAAACGGUGAAAGUGGCCAAUCAAGCUGCACGACUGCGCUCUCGGUGCCAGUCCCCACAGGUCCCCAGCUCUAGCCCCGCCUCUUCCCAGUCCAGUAGAAACAGCACACCACGCACUAGCUACUACGGCUCUGACUCUGUCAGCUUCAACCUUGAGGACAAACGCCAUUCCGUAACAUCGUUACAGGAGCAGAGUCUUGUAGAAUCAAAGCGUCUGGGUCAGCCGGGCUUGCCAGGAGGUCAAGAUCUGGAGGAAGCACUGCGUUCCCUCUCUGCACGCCAGGAGAGCCAUUCAUCUGAUCGGCCGUUCUUUGACGUAGAACGUGAGAGGAAGCUCAGGGCACUGGGUGGCAGUAGCGCAGAAGGCUCUAGUGGUUUCCUUACACCCAAUGACAGCUUGGUAUCCACAGGAACCAACUAUUCAGGCAGCUCCCAGCAUUCAUCUGCUUCAUCCAGCUCUUGCUCCUACCUGCCUGAACGCCUGCAAAUAGUCAAACCACUGGAGGGUUCAGUCACCCUGCACCACUGGCAACAACUGGCUACACCCAACCUUGGGGGCAUCCUUCAUCCACGGCCAGGCAUCCUCACCAAAGACUUCAGGGAACUAGAUGUGGACAUUCAGCAAGUUUAUAGCCUCAAUGACCUUGAGGAGGACGAGCCGAACUGGUCCAAACUCCCUAACCCCGUUCACAUCCCUAUUGUCACUUCAUCUGGAUCCAACUUCCCCCACACCUGCCCCACCCACACCAUCACCAACUCUCAGAUCCUCCAUCCCUCUGUCCUGCUGUCCUCCUUAUCCACUAGCUUUCAGCCUCAUAACCUGCCCACCUCUGGGAGCAGUGAGCAUGUAAAGACCUUACCAGAUCACCAGCAUGGUUUCUUCCAUGGACCUGCCAUGAACGCGACACCCACCUUAGGUCUUAUUCAGCUGCUUCAAGAGCGAGGUAUCUCUGCUUCAACUCAGCCCAGCUUACCUCCCAACCUCAAACCUUCUAGCAGCACUUUAGCAGCUUUAAACCAUAAAGAAACUGAUGGAGGACAUAGAGGAGCGAAACAGCAGAGGAAGAACAUUUUUAGCUUCAACCUGGUUGACAAGCUUCAGAGUCUUGGUCUUUAUAAAGUGAUAGCCAGAGGAUUCAUAGACUCAGGGAAGAAGGAAGGAGAGCCACACAGUCCUCCUCCAAAAGAACACUAAACACUGGCUUUCAGCAGAGCUGCUGUUUUAUGUACUGUCUUCCAUUUUGUAUGCAGCAGAUCCAACCUUAUCAAGUGUUGUAUUUAUCCUUGAACAUUUGAAAGCCAUAUACAUUUAGAGUGGUCCUUGUAGUCGUGAGAUGGUUAUGAAUGGGACGUCCUGCUUACAAUAUGGUAGACUAGUUUAGGUUUGGAAAUGCAGGACAUUUUAACAGUCUGAGGUACAUAAUGUAUGAUAAGUAUUUAUAUUGCUCUGAACACUUACCAAAAGGGAAGAACUCAGCUUUCAUUAUGAUUUAAGAACUAGUCCUGUUUUUCUUUUUCUUUUUAAAUUUAUAUGGCAGUCACCAUCAUCCUGCUUCACCAUUUAUCUUAACAUAAAGUACCAGUCGAAGGUUUGGACACCCCUACUCAUUCAUACAGUACGUUUUUCUGUAUUUUGACUAUUUUCUCCAUUUUAGGACAAUACUGAAGACAUCAAAACUAUGAAAUAACCUCUGGAACAUAUAUGGAAUUAUGUGGUAAACAAAAAAAGUGUUAAAUAUUUCAGAUUCGUCAGAGUAGCCAGUGUUUACCUUGAUGACGCUUUACACACUAUUGGCAUUAUCUUAACCAGCUUCGUGAGGUAGUCACCUGGAAUGCUUUUCAAUUAAGAGGUGUGUCUCGUCAGAAGUUAAUCAGUGGACGAGUUUCUCACCUUUAUUAAUGUGUUUAAGAUUAGAUAGUAUAGCCCUAUUCAACACCACAACUGUAGUAACCCAUAUUAUGUCAAGAACCACUCAACUAAGUAAAGAGAAGCGACAUCCAUCAUUAAGACACGAAGUGUCUUUUAAUUAGAAGGUGUGUCCAAACUUUUUUGACUGGUACUAUACAUGAGCACUAUAUCUUAUUUAUAUCUUUACAGUCCGGUGACCUCUGAUUUGUCUGUGUACUGGAUGAAUUGUGACUGUUCAUGGGUUACCCAUUAGUUGUUUUUAUGACAAUGUGCACAUUUCUACUAUUAGAAAUACUGGAUGACCUGAGCAUAUUGUUCAGGAUGUCUAGUUGUACAUUAUAGUCUAUGAUUAGUUGUUUUAGAACCUAUUUAAAUGUCCCAAAAUGCACUGGGGCCCUUAGUUGGAAGUGUCCUAUAUAAUACAUACAUACAUACAUACAGGCACUUAAUAGUCACGGGUCUCCAGUUAAAGUUGUUUAUAUAGAAUUUUUCAGAAACUUGUAAUUGUGUUGUGUCGUGGGUCCCCGCCAUACUAGGUGAACACUGGCUGUUUAGCAUAUCCAAAUAUUUGCACAUGCAGAUAAUUUGCGACAAUUGGACAGAAACAAAUUCACCUUCAUAUGUUUUUAUUUAUACUGAAAGAUUUCUCCUGAAAGGCUGAAAGAAACAUGUCAUUCUGCGCAGUUUCUCACAUCACUAUAUAGCACGGGCUAAACAGAUGUAGAUUUCCAGAUGUAGAUUUGUAUUUCCUGCUCUUCUAAUUUUAAUAUUAUUUCCUGUGAGCACAAAGCUGAUUACAGCAGGUCUUUUAAAAUUGCACCUUAUAUACUAUGUGCCCCAUAAUUGAUACGUCUUGGUGCAUUUUUUUUUUUUAAUAAGUAGUGCUCAGCUAAAGCAGGCCAGUGGAGAAUCAGCAUGAGAAGACCAUUUACACCUUAGCAUGCAAUCUGUAUAUGUACAGCAUAUCAAUGUCUGGAAGGACUCGUAUGUUUAUAAUGUUUGUCCAGAUGACUUGUUGUCACAUGCAGAUGUCAGUUAACCCACAGAGUUUGUUGUGCAACCUCCUUUUUACCGGUACUUUUGUCCUGUCGGAAAUUUCUCAUGAAACAGCAAACAUGUUACGAAUAGUGAGCCAAGCCCUGUUGGGAUUGAGGUUUUUUUUUUUUUUUUAAGGCUUCUUUGGAAUAAUCUAACAAUAUUGCUGUGUCAGCACUUGCCUGAAAUAUGAUUACAGUGUCAGCCAGGCUCCAUCAUGAGAUGAUUUGACUGAUUACCAAUCACAUCACCAUUGUGUUAUGGUCUCUGUGCCCUACACUUUGCAUUAGCAUGCGUUUUCCAUGGUUGAGGUAAGAUAUCGAGAUACAAACUGUAAAUUCUGAUUUUAACGCAGGUUUCUGUACAAGUAGCUGUGGUUAAUGAAGCUAAGCACCGGUACAGCUUUAUUGCAUGUAGUUCUAAACCUGAAGGCCAUUAAGCUAUCACGCAGCUACAUAUUUGACGAAUCGCACUGUUUCAUCCUUUGGCAAUAUGUGAUUGAUAUAUAUAUACAUAGUUAUAUUACACACAUCAUUACAAUCAUCCAAAUACUGUAAGAAGUGGUAGAAAGACAGUUUGCACUUGUAGUAUGAAAAAUGUGAGAAAUGAAUCACACAAAUCAACACAAUCACUGCGUGUACUGUAGACUUAUUGAUCACAAAUAUGUUGCACCUAAUGAUUGUAUUUUUUCUGUUAUUUAGUCUGUAAAUAUGAUUGCCAUUAGUUUGCACCUCCUCUCACUGUAAUUCUAAAAUGUAAUUUGAAUAAGAGCUGUGUACAGUUGCAGCAUGUGUGAAUAAUCGUCACAGUGCUUGAAUAAAUACAAGAAUUUGACACAUUAAUGAGUAGAUCUGUGUGUAUUUGGAUUUCAGAACAUUUUAAAUAAUACAAGUUUCAUUCCCAUUACAACUCCUUUGUUGUACAUCUCAAACAUUUUUUCUUGUCAAUGGGGUGGUAACCUCUAGGGUACUUGGGUAUCUUUUUGUACUUUUAGUGUGUAUAUUUUUCCUGGAAAGGUGUACUGUAUGUAGAGGACCGUUAACGUAUUACUUUAAAAGGUACAAGAGUGGUUCUUAAAGUCAAAUUACAUGCCUUAAAUAAUUUUUAAACAUAACCCUGUAAUGUGAACACAGUUUGUGUUGCUUGACCUUAGUGCAGCUUUUGACACCAUUGAUUAUAUUAUUCUCCUUGCUGGACUAGAACACAUCACUGAAGUUAAAGGAACGGCCCUUUCCAGGCUCGGGUCUUAUUUAUCUGAUCAUUGUCAGUUUGUAGAUGUAAAUG